AUGGCGCAUGAUUUGAGGAGUUAUGGUGCCCCCGGGGCCUAUGAGGCAAAAAGUGCCAUCUCACUUCCGGCCUUGGAGGCUACCGAUUUUGAGUUACGGCCCGCACUUAUUGGGAUGGUUCAAAGGAGCCAAUUUACCGGGUCGAGACUUGAGAGUCCAAGGGAGCAUCUAAAGACUUUUGUCGAUUAUUGCUCCACGGUGAAACACAAUGGGGUAACCCAAGAAUACAUUCGAAUGGCACUCUUCAAGUUCUCUUUGAUCGGUAAUGCAAGAAAGUGGCUCGAUGACCUCAAGCCAAACUCAUUGACCUCUUGGAAUGAGGUGACGGAGGCAUUCAUCAACAAAUAUAGUAGCCCCGCACAAACCGCGGACUACCGGUCCAAGAUGAUGACAUUCAAGGAAAGGACCGAUGAAACCCUUCAAGAGUCAUGGGAAAGAUUUAAUGAGCUUCUUCGGCAAUGCCCACAUCAUGGCAUAGAGAUGGGGGUGCUUCUCCAUUGCUUCUACCACGGACUUUCUAAGGCUUCUAGGACGGCCCUAGAUGCGGGAGCCGGGGGGCCAAUCAUGAAGAAGACCUUAGAAGAAGUUUUUGACAUCAUUGAUGAUGUGGUCCGAAAUUGUGAAGAUCGGAAUGAUGAUAGAAGAGAAUGUGACAAGAAAGGAGGAAGGUACGACCUUGAUCCGAUCCAUGCUUUGAGCACCAAGUUUGAUGCUCUCGUUACACAACUUCAAAGGUCGAAUUCUAUCCCUUCUUGUCCUUAUACUCCUCAAUCCCCUUCUAGUGUAAUGUCUUGUGCUUUGUCUUGUGAUUAUUGUGGUUCAUUUGAGCAUCCCUCUUCAUAUUGCUAUCCUUUCGACCAACCCAUGGAACAAGUUAAUGCUUUUAACAAUGCAAACAACCAACGGUUUGAUCCUUAUUCCAACACCUAUAACCCCGGUUGGAGGCACAACCCAAGGAAUCAAAACUAUGGCCAAAAUUUUCAAAAUCAAGGCCAACCUUCAAACUUCCAAAGACCACCACCACCACAAAGCUAUCAAAGUCAAGGGAGUUACCAAGGUCAAUCCUCUUCUUCUUCUCAAUUUCAAAAGCCACCUCCACCACAAAGCUUUCAAAAUCCUCCUCCCGGUUUUCAAAGACCACUCCUCAAUGCCCCACCUCCUCAAGAGUCAAAUAUUGAAACAAUGUUGAAAACUUUCAUGACUCAAGUCAACCAAAAGUUUGAUUCCAUGGCCACCCAUAAUAAAAUGCUUGAAACACAAAUUGCGCAAUUGUCAUCCUCUAAUGCUUCAAGAGUUCCCGAUUCUUUGCCUCCUCAAGGGGUAAGUCCCGGUGAGACCCAUCAAGCUAAUGCUAUUGUGACAAGAAGUGGGAAAAACCUUGUGAAUUCAACUACUAAGAGUCCAACUCAAGGAGAGAGUGAGCCCAUUGAUGAAAGUGGGCCUAUUGUCGAUACCACCAUAGAUGAGGAAGAGGUUGUGGUGAGUGAACCAAUGGUUGUUGAAGUUCCAAAGAGAGUGGUCCCUCCUUACAAGCCCAAAUUGCCUUUCCCAUCUCGUUUUGCCGGAGCUAACCUUGAUGAUCAAUUUGAAAAAUUCCAAGAAGUCCUCAAGAACCUCUAUGUGAACAUUCCUUUUGCCGAAGCCCUUAGGCAAAUGCCUACUUAUGCCAAGUUUUUGAAGGAGAUUCUAACCAAGAAGAGGGUUGUGGAUGUGGUUGAGACUAUUAGCCUACCCGAAAGUUGUAGUGCCAUUAUCCAAAACAAGUUGCCCACCAAAUUGAAAGAUCCCGGGAGUUUUUCCAUCCCUUGUGCAAUUGGGGAACUUGUCAUAGAUAAAGCCCUAUGUGAUUUAGGAGCAAGUGUGAGUGUAAUGCCAUUCUCUAUUUUUCAAAGGUUGAAUGUGGGAGAGUUGAAGCCCACCCAAGUGUCCCUCCAAUUAGCCGACCGUUCGGUAAAGCUUCCAUUGGGAAAAGUAGAGGAUGUGCCUAUGAGGAUCGGGAAGUUCUUUAUUCCCGUUGAUUUUGUGGUCUUAGAAAUGGAGGAGGACCCCAAUGUCCCAAUCAUCUUAGGAAGACCCUUCCUUGCCACCGCGGGAGCAAUCAUAGAUGUGAGAGGUGGUAGAUUAUCCCUUAGUGUUGGGGAUGAGAAAAUUGAGUUUCAACUUAACCAAAUCAUGAGAUGCCCUUCCCACAUGGAUGAGGAAAAGAAUUGA